GCUAUUACUUUAUCUUCUUUUCCUGAUGAAUGGAAGGUUGCUAGAGUGAUGCCCCUAUAUAAAAAUGGCCAGCGUAGUAUUCCUGGAAACUACAGACCAAUAUCAGUUUUACCGGCCAUUAGUAAAAUUAUGGAACGGAUAUUGUAUGAUCAACUGUAUAACUAUUUAACAAAAUUUGAGAUUCUCAGUGAUUCCCAAUUUGGAUUUCGAAAAUUUCACUCUACAGCUAGUGCACUACUAGACUGUACUAAUGAUUGGUAUGUAAAUCUAGACAGAAAAAUGUUUAACCUAGUAGUUUUAAUUGAUUUGAAGAAAGCCUUUGAUACUGUUGAUCAUCAAAUUCUGCUGAACAAAUUAGAGCUCUAUGGAAUAAAAGGACAAGCUCUAACUUUGCUCAAAUCCUAUCUCACAAACAGAAACCAGAAGUGCCAAAUAAAAAACUCAUUUUCAUCUGAGCGCUUGAUUAAAUGUGGUGUACCACAAGGCUCUAUAUUAGGGCCAUUAUUCUUUUUGUUGUACAUCAAUGAUUUGCCACAUUGUCUAAACAAAACAAAACCGCGGUUGUUUGCUGAUGACACAAAUUUGACUGCUUCAGCAAAUUCUAUGACUGACCUAGAGACUGCAGUAAAUUCUGAUUAA